AUGAUUUCAGACGGCGAUGCAGUUGCUUCGAAUGGGACGUCGAGGACGUACCCCAACGGCGCGAGGGCCGAGGCGCCCGUCACCUCCUCGGCGACCAACGGUGCUCGCAAGGCCGCCGUCGCCGCCGCCCCGAACGGCUCUUCCUAUGCCGAGAAGGAAGCCCAGCCACCCGUCCCGUCGACCUACUUCGGCCACGAUCGAGAGGAGGUCACGCGGAUACUCAUACAAGCGCUGUCCGAUAUGGGAUACCAUGGAGCCGCUGAGAGCGUCAGCAGGGACAGCGGCUUCGAGCUGGAGAGCCCCACCGUCGCCGCUUUCCGCAGCGCCGUGGUCGGCGGCGAAUGGGGUGAGGCUGAGGAGCUCCUCGUUGGAGCCGUCAUGUCUGGCGACCGAAGUCAGCAAGGAAACGGCCUGGUGUUGGCACCCGGAUCCGACCGAAACGUCAUGCGUUUUUGGCUACGCCAACAAAAGUUCCUCGAGCUGUUGGAGAAGCGUGACACCAGCCGGGCCCUGAUGGUGCUGCGGACCGAACUGACGCCGCUCUACCAGGAUACCCAGAAGCUUCACUUCCUCUCCAGCCUUCUCAUGUGCCAGUCUACCGAGGAUUUGAAGGCCAAGGCCGAAUGGGACGGAGCCCACGGUCAGUCAAGAAAGGUUCUCCUAUCGGAGCUGUCAAAAUGCAUAUCACCCUCAGUCAUGCUGCCGGAGAAUAGGCUUGCCGUGCUCCUACAACAGGUGAAGCAAAGUCAGAUAGACAGCUGCCUCUUCCACACGACGGCGUCAUCGCCGUCGUUGUACUCGGAUCACUACUGCGAACGGAGUCAUUUUCCCACAGAAAUUGCGCUGGAGCUCACAGACUUGGCUGGCGAGGUCUGGCAGGUGGUGUUUUCGCAUGACGGACAGCGUCUCGCUGCCUGCGGAGAUGGCGAGGCCGUUGUCAUUUGGGAUCUGCCCUCAUUCACCGUAUCUCAAGUCCUGCGGCCGCAUGCCUUGGGUGUCGGUGGUUUGUCAUGGAGCCCUGAUGACUCGAUGAUUGUAACAUGCUCGCAGGAUAAAUACGCGCGGCUUUGGGAUACAUCGACUGGAGAGAUGAUCUUAAAGCUUGAGAGAUUUGACGAGCCGGCCAGCGGCUGUGUCUGGGCGGCGGAUAGCAAGACAUUCAUCACUGGAUCUCUGGAUAAGGACCACGGCCUGCGCACCUGGAGCACAUCCGGAGAGAUGCUGUGCGAAUGGGGCAAGAAACAUAGGGUGCAAGACAUCUGUGGUUCGCCGGACGGCCAUUGGCUCGUGGCAGUCGAUGAUGCGCAGAAGAUACACGUGUACAACGCCUUCACACGCGAACUGGAGUACGAAAUGGAGGUCAAGUCUCGGCCGACGUGCGUGAGCAUCAGCGAGGACUCGCGCCAUUUGCUGCUCAACAAGAAGGACGGAGAGCUGCAACUGAUUGAUCUGGUAAACCGGACUUCGGUACAAAAGUUCCUUGGUCACACAGGAGGCGACUUCAUAAUCCGCAGCGCCUUUGGAGGUGCUAACGAAAGCUUCGUCGUGAGCGGCAGUGAAGACGGGAACAUUCUCAUCUGGCACAAGAACAGUGGUGCCGCGGUAGAGAGGCUCGAAGGUCACCAGCCCCGGACCAACGCCGUCGCCUGGAACCCCGCAGACCCAUGCAUAUUGGCAUCGUGUGGUGACGACGGCAAGGUCAAGAUUUGGUCGAACAAGAGCAGAAGUGCGGCGCUGAGAUCAUUACAUAACGGUGCCCCCCGAGGGUCCAACGGCUGGAAUGCAGAGGAGCGCGCUGCAGACGAAUAG